GUUUGUGGUGGAGGUGUGUCGUCGUACAAGAGUGCCGAAGAGGGGGGGCGGGAGGAAAAGCCUGGAGGUGAGACUUUACUUCCGAUAGCAAACCUAGUUAGCUUCCCCUUGCUGUGUAAUGGACCACGGUGGCGUGCAGUUUGGUUUUCCUAGAAACUGAAUUUACUUUUUUUCUUUUUCUAGACUACAGAGGACCAUGCAGGUUUAUCGCAGAUGCAUCAUGCAUAUUUCCAUUUAUAGAUCACCGCCACUAGGGGAUUCGAGGUGGGUAGUGUUUGUAUUUCUGUUUGGGAUCGGGGGAUCUGAUGGAAUACUGUCAAUGAAUGCUUUUUUUGGUGGUGGGUGGUGCGCAUCAUUCUCAAUCUUGGGGAAUUUGAGGGGAUUCCAGUAUAGGUACUAUCUAUUAUUUAUAUACCGAUCGUCACUCCCCCUCAACCGAUGCCCGAAUAGUUUAUUUGUUUCAAAUCGGAACGAACUUUACCGGGUAUAUUCCAGUUGCAGCCCGUCCAUGGUGUGACUUGACGCUUGUCCCCGGACCGUUAGCGGUCAGUGAUGAUUGGCGAAUAAACCACGCUUGGCCUCUCGGUG